UCCAACCACAGUGGUUCGCUUCAAAAAUUCGCCUCCGAAUUCGAAAGCGUUUUGAAAACCGAUAACAAGACAACGACCGAUAGAUCGAUAGGCGGACAAUGAGCGCUGCUGGUGGGAAAGAGCAGGUGACAGCGACGGCGGCGACAACAGAUCAGCUGGGACGCGACCUGCAGGAGCUGCUCGACUGGUUCCAGCACAAUGAGAAACUGCCCAAGGAUAUUGAGCCGCUGCUGCUGCGACGCUUCUACCAGUGCAUGUACGGCGACCUGGAGGAGACCCGCAAGCUCAUCGAGGUGAACUAUGCGCUGCGCAACCGGCAUCCGCAUCUCUUCAUCCAACGGGAUCCCCUGGACGAGGACAGCAGGCGAACCUUUGACUACGCGGACAUCCUUCCGUUGCCGGGCCUGACGCCGGACAAGUGCAAGGUGUCGCUGUACUGCUUCCGCGACUUUGAGGCCUCCAAGAUGCAUCAUACGGAGGAUACGCGCGCCUUUUUCAUGGUCACCGAUUGCCGCUUUGUGACCCCCGAUGAUCCCGCCAACGCGGAUGUCCUGUCCGAGGGCGAGGUGCAGAUCUUCGACAUGAAGGGCACCACCAUGCGGCACAUCUCCCGGCUGACCAUCAGCACGCUGCGCGCCUAUAUCAAGUUCCUGCAGGUGGCCUUUCCCGUGCGCCUGCGCGCCAUCCAUAUGGUCAACUGCCCGACCUAUUUGGACAGGAUCGUCAGCGUGGUCAAGCCCUUCAUCAGCGACGAAGUCUUCAAGCUGAUCCGCUUUCACACCGUGAGCAUGGACUCCCUGUACGAAUUUGUGCCCCGCAAGAUGCUGCCGGAGGAGUACGGCGGCGGGGCUGGAUCCCUGGCCACGCUGCGGGCGCAGACGCAAAAGACCUUGGCGGAACACCGCGACUAUCUGAUGGACCCCGAUCACUGGGUGGUGGAGAAGACCGAGAAGCGGAACGCGCACUCGUGGAGAUUUUUUAAAUAAUUGGUUUUGUAUUUUAUGUUUGUUCUUGAUUCUCGUUAAUUGGUAUUUGUUUUUUUUUUGUCAUCUUUUUUUUUUAAUAUAUAUAUAUUUAUAUCUUUAGGCCUUUUUACGUAUAUACCUUGUAUGUGUCUGUGUAUUAAAAUGGUUCCUGUGGCAUUUUGACUUAUAAA